AUGGAGCUCCAGAUGUCCCGCCUGUUUGUAGUUAUCACAAUUCUGAUCCUUUCCGAUGCCCGCUACGUGGUGCAAGAGGAAUUCCAUAAGCGUAGUGGUGUGGAUCCAGAAGUUUAUCAGACUGCAUAUGACAUAAUUGAAAGCAAGGGUUAUUCCGCUAAAAGUUACAUCAUUGUCACUCCCGACGAUUACCUACUUACGGUACAUCGCAUCGGCCCGAAGAAGCCUGUGCUAGAAGGAAAACGAAACGUUGUUCUACUGCAGCACGGUCUCCUGGAUUCUGCUCAUACCUGGAUCAACAAUCUUGCAAAUCAAAGCCUUGGUUUCGUCCUUGCUGACAUGGGAUACGAUGUAUGGCUUGGUAACAGCCGUGGAAGCACCUACUCACAAUAUCAUAAAACGCUCGACGUGAGCAGCGAACAAUUUUGGGAAUUUUCCUGGGACGAUAUGGCAAACAAUGAUCUUCCUGCAACAAUUGACUUUGUGCUUAAUCAAACAGGCAGGGACAAGCUUUUUUACAUUGGUCAUUCACAGGGCACUCAAAUUGCGUUUGCCAAAUUCAACUCUGAUCCAGUCCUUCGUUCAAAAAUUGCUGCAAUGAUUGCUUUGGCGCCUGUAGCCUAUCUAUCCCACGUCAAGAGCCCAAUUCGUUUCAUAUUAACGGCUUGUAAGGGAAUUGAAUCGGUCGCUACCUGGUUUGGUCGUGGCCGAUUCUUACCGUCUACUUCACUCAUGCGGUUCCUCGGUCUCUUCCUCUGUCGUAGGCAGUCCAUCCCCUUUGUGUGUAGCAACAUUAUCUAUCUUCUAGCUGGUUAUGAUCCCCAUAACACGAACACGUUCGAUUCAGGGAAAUGGCGUGGGUUCUUUCAGGACUUUUAUCUCUUCAUCCUGUCCCUCAGAAAUUCGCUUUUCAUCGUUGUUGCCCCAGCUCUCUUCAAACUUUUCUUGGGUGCCUACCUUUAA